CGCUGCGCUUGCCGUAGUUGUUUGGAACAUGUGGAUGAUGAUCAAGUGUGCAGUUCUGUGAGUGAGAUCAGAAAAAGAUCAGAAACACAGAAAUAAACUACUAGCCGGCUAUUACAUACGUAACGGUUGGGUUGUAGUCGGGCGGUCAUGUCUGAACCUGAUCAGGCUCCGUUUGUGGCGAGGGCCGCGGUACUGAAGGAGAGCAUCGCUCUGCCGGAGGACAUGCCUCACAUUAAAGGUUAUGACUUCAACCAGGGCGUGGACCACAGAGCCCUGCUGCAGUCCUUCCUCACCACGGGCUUCCAGGCCAGCAGCUUCGGCCAGGCCGUGCAGGAGAUCAACAAGAUGAUAGAGAAGAGACUGGAGCCGAUGCAGGAGAAGCAUGAGAGCUGUGAUUCACAUUCGUCUGCUUCAGGAUGCACCAUUUUCUUGGGCUACACAUCGAACCUGAUCAGCUCCGGUGUGCGAGAGAGUAUUCGCUACCUCGCACAGCACAGAAUGGUAGAUGUGAUCGUGACCACAGCAGGAGGGAUCGAGGAAGACCUUAUCAAAUGUUUAGCACCCACUUACCUUGGCGAGUUCAGUCUAAAAGGCAAAGAGCUACGACAGCAAGGCAUUAAUAGAAUCGGUAAUCUCCUGGUACCAAAUGAGAAUUACUGUAAAUUUGAAGACUGGCUGAUGCCUAUCCUGGACCAGAUGGUGCUCGAACAAAAAACUGAGGGCACACACUGGACACCGUCCAAAAUGAUCCACAGACUAGGCAAAGAAAUCAAUAACCCAGACUCUGUGUACUACUGGGCUUAUAAGAAUGACAUCCCAGUGUUUAGCCCCGCCCUCACUGACGGCUCAUUGGGUGACAUGAUCUAUUUCCACUCAUAUAAGACCCCUGGCCUGGUGCUUGAUAUCGUGGAGGAUAUCCGGAGGUUGAACAGCAAGGCUGUGUUUGCCAAGAGCACAGGGAUGAUCAUUCUCGGAGGAGGACUCGUCAAACAUCACAUCGCCAACGCUAAUCUCAUGAGGAAUGGAGCAGAUUUUGCGGUGUUUGUCAACACUGGUCAAGAGUUUGACGGCUCAGAUUCAGGCGCUCGGCCAGAUGAAGCCGUUUCUUGGGGAAAGAUCCGCAUGGACGCCUCCCCUGUAAAGGUCUAUGCCGAUGCUUCUAUAGUCUUUCCACUUUUAGUGGCUGAAACUUUUGCACACAACGCCAGCAGGUUGAUCAAGGAGGAGAAGAGCGGCUGAAGGUGUUUUUCUCUUUCAAAAACCUAUUUAAACCUCCUCACGGUCUUUCUGUUUGCUUGUUUUUCAGUGCCGAUGGUUUCGAAGCUCUAUUUAAAUGCAUAAAUCAUGUUUAAUUAUCCAUUUAAACAAACGAACAUCUUAAGUUUCUUAUGGACUUUGUGUACUAAUGUCUGGUAAAAUAUGUUUAAAAACAACUUUACAAGGUUAUCUUUAAAGUUGGAAUCUAUUAUUAUUAAUAUAAUUUUUUUUACCAGACAUUUUUUUUUUUUUUUUUUACUAGCUUUUAUGUUUAAUUUUGUACAUCUUAGAGAUGGUAAAAUCUGUAUUUUAUUGUAUUGCAUCCCUCACUGUUAUGCACAACAUCUUGUGUGCUGUUUGUGGAUUUUAUUUUGUCUGUUUUUUUAUUCUCUCUCUAAUAAUUUAAGUGUGUGUGUGUGUGUGUGUGUGUAUGUAUGUAUAUAUAUAUAUAUAUAUAUAUAUAUACAUAUAUAUAAGUACACACACACACACAUUUAAUAAAUUUUAAUUAAAAUGUUCUGUUUGUGGAGUACAAUCUGGAUGGAAAUACUCCAUUAUUUGUCAGAUUUAAAAAAUAAUAAAUAGAAACAAAAAUCAUUAUGGAGAGUGUUUAAUCAAUAACUUAAAUUAGCUUAUUAUCAUAUAGCUGUUAAAAUGCAUGGACAUUAAUUCAUGUUAAAUAAUUUAAAAUCCAGUGUACGGUUUUCAUCUUUUCAAAACCAGAUGCAUUUUUAUUGCUCUGUCACUUUAAGGCCAGCAGAGAGCAGCUGUGUUUCACUACCUGUAAUCCACUACUGUACAUUUGUUAUUCACAAGAGACUCUGAUUGAGUUUGUUUGGCCUGGGCUGAAUAAAUGGUUUAAUUGCAGUGAGAAACUGUAGAGAUAUAUACUGUAUUCAGCAGUUGUGAUGUGAAUGGCAUGCGCUGUUAUAACGCUUGCUCAGCUUUAGUAAAUGUAAAAAACCAAGCGUUUCGACCAGAUUGAUCUACCGAAUGUGUUGGUGUUGUUAACCUAGUUUCAAACUUCCUUUGGCACGUUUGAACUCACUGCAUGAAGUAAUCUGUCUUGAACUAAAUAGUGCACAUUUGAAUUUGCAUGCAAUGCAUUAAAUUGUUUUCUUUUUUGUAUUUAAAACCGGUUGCAUACAGAUACAUGGGCGUACUUAAGUAGAUGCCACAUGAAACAAACUUAUUUUUAUAUGUAUAGGCUACUGACAUUUUUAAUACAUUUUUUUUUAGUAGAUUCUUUAAUACGAAGUGACAAAUUGCUAGACAGCAUCAAAUACAUCCAGCAUAUAUUUCCUUCGUUCCUGUUUGUUUCAGUACACUAGCCAGGAGUUUGAGCUGAUCUUAUCCAGCAGCACAUCAGGCUACAUUCCAAUAAAACGUUCCCCCAUGUUAUGGAUUUCCAUUUUUCCCCAUUAUUGUCCCAUUUGGAAAUGCUCUCCUGCUCUAAGUGUUUGCUUUACUGGCAUGAAUGUUUAUUAAAGUCUUGCGGAGGAUGA